UCAUUUCAUAAAAUUGUUUCAUGAAGUGUAGUCGUGUAAUUGCGUUAAUUCCAACAAUUCUUAUUGAGGAAUUGCAUUUAUUCGUGAUACCACUAAAUUAUUUUAGGGUAUAAGUGCCGGAUUAUCUAAUCUUUGAUUUGGAAACAAGUGUCUGUGAAGCGUAUUGUUUGUGUAUAGCAUAAGAAUCUAUUUAUAGUUUUUUUCAUCUGAUGUCUCUAGUGAAAUUGUUUGUGUUAUGAUCGAUAUUGAGUUUUGAAAGUGGCGGGCGAGAUGGGGCAGAGUCCUAGCUCCGUGCGGAGCAAGGGGAGUAGGCGGUCAUUUCGUGGGUUCACACGGAGGAGUAAGUUGAACAAGUCCAGUUUGAGCCAUACGUUCAAUUUGCCGCCGUCGGAAGAGUUUCCUGAGCUGAUGAACGUGAAUACGGCGACUGAGGAACAGCUGAUGACGCUGCCAGGAGUGUCGAGGCAGUUAGCCCGCGAGAUAGUUCGGCAUCGUCAAAUGAUCGGCCGCUUCAAGCGCGUUGACGACCUUGCACUAGUCUCAGGUAUUGGUGCUGAGAAGUUAGAGCUAUUAAGGCCGGAGAUCUGUACAAGUACCAGAAAGCAGAUGUCACAAGCAAGUUCCAGCACACAUUCUUUGGACAGUGUUCGGUUGUCAAGCGAAAGCAAAUUGUGCUCAGUCAACUCUUCUAGUGUUUUCCAACUACAAUGUGUACCUGGCCUCAACCAAGAGAUAGCCGCCAAUAUAGUCGAUUACCGAAAUAAGAAAGGCCCGUUCAAGUCAUUGGAUGACCUAAUAAAAGUUCGUGGCAUGGAUAUUGUUAGACUAAGCACAGUAAAACACCACUUAACAUUAGAACAUAGGAAAUGUGAGAGUGUACAGAAUUUGAAUAAUGGACAUAUAAACGGAUUUAUGGAUUUAUCUAUAAAAGAUAGUUUAAUGAAUGGAGUAGCAAGUCCACCGAGGACACCACAUAGGAAAAGCUUAUCAAUGCCAACGAAGUUUCCGAUGACAUUGCCGAAUGGGUUUGCUACGGCACCGGUAAAUGACAUCCUAGACUUGCUCUCAGCGUAUUCCCACCGACCAAUAGUAGAAGAAUUGUUUACAUAUGAGAGGAACGGAGUAAGAUGCUGCAGGAUCGCAUCGUGGAAUCUCCACCAGCUUAGCAUAGAUAAGAUUACUAAUCCAGGUGUAAGAGAAGUUGUAUGCAGGACUAUUUUGGAAAAUAAGUUAUCAAUAAUAGCCAUACAAGAUAUAUUAGACGAGGGUGCAUUGAAGAUGAUCUGUGAUGAACUGAACUCCCCCGGGCUACGGAGAGUACGGGAAUGGAAGUGCAACAGCCACCGGUGGGAGUUCUGUGUCUCUAGUAGGAUAGAUGGUCGCCACCUAGGCUUCGUGUUCGAUACGGCUACGAGGGGGAUCACGAUAGAGGAUAUAGACCUGGACCAAUUGUGCCUGCUGUUCGACUCUGGUGACGUCAGACGCCUGGUCGAUCAGCUGACUGAUCUCAGGAGCGAACGGUUUACUGCGCUUCCGCAAGCGUUCCUAAUAUGCGGCCGACCAAUGAUCAUCGUCAAUAUCCAGUGUAGAGAUUCAUUGAGCGCGACAGACAGCAGCAUGCUGCGUGAUGUCGCUGACUCGCCCUCCAUACAGCUCGUGUUCGCCGGCGAGUUGUAUACACCUGACAAUGUACUAGCCCUAAAGACCUGCGAACCACUACUCCCAGAGGAGUUGUCAACGACAAUAGACAACAACCACGUCGGUAAGAGCAACAUCCUUUGUCCAGGGACCAUUGAGACCAGCAACUUCAACGGCUACGCUGGAGCCAUUAAAUCAGGUUUGAGCCACUUGGCCAUACCCCGGGGAUGGUCCUGGGGGGGCCCUGCGUCCCCUUACUGUCCAAUAUGGGCGGAAAUCAAAGUCCCCGAUUGACAAAAACAGAAAUCAAAUGGUCAAGUUCUGAAGAAUUUAAUAUACUUCCCGUCGGCAGUACUCUUGUUACUGCACUGUGUUCUACUGGUCCUACUGCAUGUGUUUUACUAUAAUUGAAGUAUGUCAAUUCCUGAAUUCAAUUAUUGAUGGUUGUAGUCAUGGUAACUAAAGGCAUUGGUGCCGAAUCGGGCGGCCACCAAUUUAAUUUUAACUUAAUUUGUCAGGACCAAAACUAGCUCUAUCUCUUUCUUGCACUUAUUGUAAGUGAAGGACGGCACUAGUUUCAGAGCUGUCAAACUAAAAUUAGGUUAAAUUUGUGUGCGCCCGAAUUGGCACCAAUAUCCGCUUUAUUACAUAACGAAGACUACAGAUAAUACAGGCUCAGUAUAGUCCGAGCCACGAAAGAAGUCCACGGAUUUUAAUGGAACUAAAAUUUAACAAAACAAGUCAAAACAAUUCAAUGUAGAAUCUGCGAAACUAGCGCCGCGGCUGCAGGAUUUCUUUCGUGGCGCGGACUAUAUUUUAACCUGGUAUGUAUUAACUUUAGUCUUCCUUUUGUAAUAAGGAUUAUUUGUUUUAAAACGAUUUCUUAAUACACCUAUUUAGGCUGUUAUAGACACGUAAGCAUCAGAAUAGCGAAUUAAUGAUUCCCUAAAAACAGGGUGUUAGUGACAUCGCAACGAAUACUGAGGGGGAUGAUUUAGACCAUGAUUCUGAGUUGAUAUCAAGAGGAAUUUUCUGUCGCAAAAUUCAUGCUAUUUUUGUGUUUUUAAAUUAUUUUCUAUUCUAUACUUUUGCGAUAGAAAAUUCCAUUCCUUGAUAUCAACUCAGAAUCAGGGUCUGAAUCAUCGCUCAAAGUUAUCGUUACGAUUUCACUAACACCUUGUAUGUAUAUUCUUGAUACGUCUCUAGUGGGCAGAGCCACAAGAUAGCAGUUUCAGUCACUAUUGGAAUUGACGUUAGUAUGAUAAUACUGAUGACGUUUCCGAGUUCCUUUUCUUAUAAUUAUAAGUAGGUAUCAUUAAUAUUCUAAAUUAAUGUUUUACAUAUUAUUAUGCCUUAAGUUGUUGUGACUACCCUCUAAAAAAAUAAUAGAAACGUGUCAAAUAUACAAAUUAUUUUGGAUGUAUUCAAUAUUUUGAAGUCUUUAAUUAGAAUGUAUUUUACGGUAUUUUAUGUGAGUCCAUAUAUUGUAUGUUAUAUUAUACUACUAUUAUGUUAAAAAAUAUACUUCCUGUAAAUCUAAAAUAUCAUUAUAUGGAGUAAAGGUAUUAUAGCAAUUAUAAUUUACCAAAUAUUUUGUAUUUCUUAUCGAUCUUCGUGAUUGAUGCUUGACUUAGUUCAAAGACAAUUAACUCCAAUUUAGGUCUCAAAACAUCUUGCUGAUGACUAGGUUGCAUGGUCUUGAGAUCUUAGCCUCACCGUUAAAUGGGCGAAAAAAAAAGCAUUGCUACAUACGUGACAUUAUUUGGCGCCAUGAUAAGUCGACAACGCAGAAAAGCGCCAUCUUGCGCAUAUUUUAGGAACCAAUUAGUUCGCUUCGUUCGUUUUGUCGAUGUCAAAGAUAUUUGAAAAUGUAUAGUAUUAACCAGAAAACCUAACAGAUGUCGCUAUUAACCAACAUAUAAUAAAACAGCGUAGGGAGACGACGAAACACGGUGCUUUAUUUUCUGCUUUCGAUUAAUAUUACAAGAUUACAAGCCAAUUUCAUAGCCUAUUUCUUCAGACAUUUUGAUGACAUUGACAGGAUGGCGCUGGUGGGCAUCAUCUCCAUUUAUAACAGCUGUCAAAAAUGACGUUUCCAUAAGAUGCGCCGAUAAUUCCAAAUAUGGCCGCGUGUCUUCACACCUACAUAGUUGUUACAUCUAGAUUAUUUGGACGUCCUUUUAACCUCUUAAUCAUAUUGACGUCAUAUCAAGGGUUUCAAAAUCUUUUGCCACUGUGGCGCAAAAUCGUACUUACCUAAGUAAUUAUUAACCGACUACGAAAAAGAAGGUUAUUAUGUAUUAUAAAUUAAAUCUGUUGCUUUUGACAAGCCCAAUUUAUUUUUAGGCGACUUCGACGGUUUAAAAAAUGCUUUUCAACACUAAACGGGAUAUAUAAAUGUCAGACUUAAAUUCAUUCUUGUCCACCAGAAUGUCUUUCAUCGCAAAAUAUUCCUAUUAAUAUUAACUUUCUUCGCAAAAGGUCCCUUUCGCAUAAAGUCCCUUUUGUAUUAUAAAGGGUUUUGAUAUGAAAUAGAUUGUAAUUUUUAACAUAACGUAACAAAACAUGACAAAUACUUUAUUGGACAUGCAGGAAAUACACAAAUACAAAACAAAAAAGAAACCUUUACCGAUGUGGGUAUUAUUACCAAGACCAUAUAAAUGCUGCGAAAGGGACUUUUCGCAAAAGGUGCCUUUUGCGAACACCCAUAGUCAUUUUGAGAAAUUGACAUUUUUCGACGAAGCCCCAGAAUGACAGCAUUUUAAAAAUAUAUAAAUAUAAAUUGUGUCUUAACUUCAUGUAUUAUAUAAAAUGUAUUAUAGAUCGUCACAAAAUUGCGUCCGUAGCUAUGAAAUGUAAUUAUUAUUUACUGUAAAUAUGAUUCAAGUCUUGCAAAGCAAUGACGUGAGCUUUACGCGUGAUGUAAUUAGUUUUUCUUUUUUUUUACUAUUUAUAUAGUUUUUAAUAUUCAAAUUUAGGCGAGGAAGGCCCUAAACUAUUGACGUUUACGUGUUUACUCAAAUAGUAAUAUAAUUUAAACUAAAAUAAACAUGUAAAUUAUUUGAAUUAACAGUCCCAUAAUAGUUGGGCAUUGUGAGAAUAGGACUUUCUGCGUCUAAACUAUUAGUCGAUUAUUAUUUUUACUAUCUUGACCAACUGUACUGUCGAAUAGACAUUUACAAAUGUUCUAGAAUGUACCGUGUAGGGGCCACUACAUUAACUAAUAAAGGUUGACUGGAGGAGAUCUCUACCAGAGAUAAGUCUGCUUUUAUGAAUUAAUAAGUUUCAAGUCUGUGUGUUCUUCCUAGCUUUUCUUUUGUAUUUUUAAAUAUAUAUCGCCAUAGUUACUUGUCAUAUAAUAAGAUUAAAAAAAAACGAUUUUUAAUAUAUAUUUUCCAAUAUUCAAUUUGUUAAGGCUAAUUGUUAAGAGCCAGUGGGGUGUUCGUGUAACGCUCUUUCUAUAUUGCUGGAUUAUAAUCCUAUCCUAUGAUUGGCUGAAAUAUCAAUGAAUUUACAGGAGGUAUCAGUUGCAACCAAUCACAUGAUAGGAUUUAUAUAUUAAUAUAGAAACUGAGUUGCACGAUUAGACCUCUUUGUUGGUAGGUUAUCUACCGGAGAAGUGUCUGAUAGCAGAAUUAUCACAGAGCGGACAUUCCGUACAAUCGCUUUUACGCGCGCGUAUGAGUGACUUUAGCGUACGAGCGUAUGAGUGUAUUUAAUGUCUAAGAAGGCAGAAAUAUUAAGCAAUACAUUUUUUUUUCUGUAGUCUAUAAUUUUUAUAGUUAGACACCAUACUACCGCUUCCGUUAAUUUUUAUAACACUAAAAAUAAUUAACAAUAUAACACUGCAUCUGACAGGCACAAAAUAUAAUGACAAUAGAAAAAAAAAAUAUAAAACUGGAAAAAUAAUGGGAGAUCUUAUUUUUUUAGAAUUAAAUAUUUAAAAAGAGUUCUCAAUACCUCGUCAGAUGGCGCUGACGUUACUGGGCCAUUGCUAAGAUGUCACGAACUUAUAAGAAAUUGAUUUCUUUUUUCCUUUAUAUUUGUUUAUUUUCGGAACAUAAUUAAUGUGACAUAUACAAAAUAAAAUAAAUAAAUAAAAUAUACGUUCUGUUGAAAAUAUAAUUUCAAAAUUUUAUCGAAGAAAAACAGAAAUAAUAACAUUUCGUUCCUUGCGGUAACCUAUCAAGUUCAGCGCCAUCUAUCUAGCAGGUAGGAAAAAAAGAAAAAGAAAAUCCCUCAUUAAAAUAAAAUUAAAUUACAAAAGGAGUUCUUAAAGAAAACGUCUUUACUCUUUAUUUAACGCGUAAACACUCACUGAUAUUUAAACGACAUAAUCUGAAUGUAUUUAUAGACACGAUAAAUACAAGUAAUUCGUAAAACACCCAAGGAUAAAAAGCCCCAAGCUACGGGUUAAACUACCGCACUGUCCUAUACGUCUAUCCUUUUCUGUCACUCACAGUCGUCAUUUGCUAGAGCGAGAUAAGGAGCUGACAUGCGCACUCCACCGCCUCGUCGAUUCCGCCGCGUGCAUUCGCUUUAUCUCACUUUAGCAAAUAACAGUUCUCAGUGAUAGAAAAGGAUACAAGCAUAGUAAAGUGUGAUGCUACCUCAGACCGUGCGGGGACUGUUGCGGUAUCGCGUUUCAGUGCGGGGGAGUGAGUGUCCUCUCUGUACGUAGUACUGUGUAAAUUGUACGGUAUUAUUAUUCGCUAUACCUUCUGGAUAAGCUAUCAGACAGUUAUCAACAAAUGUUAAAACACGAUCUAAAUGUUCAGGACGUUUUGCCUUUGUAUGCUUACCUACUUUCCGUACAGAUUUUUAAUUUAUUAUUAAUUGUAAUUUAUUAAUUAUUAUUUCCUCCGUUAUGUUAAUAAUUUAACCAAUAUGUAACGGAACAGUGUACCUGAGCUGUUUUCCUUUAAUAGGUAUAAUUUAUAAUUCAUUUACGUUAGUUAUUUACAAAUGACUAUAUUAUGUGUAAGUGAUAUUUGAAUUUGCACCUUUGUGAUCCAAAUGUAUAGUAAAUACAGUGUGUUUCCAAAACGGUAUAGUAUUGUAACAUAAACAGCCUGUAUACGUCCGACUGGGCACAGGUCUCGCCUCUUCUAUCGUGUGAUGAUCAGCCUUAGCUACCCUGGUGUCAGGGUUAUUAUUGAGCCUCCAAAGGCCGCUAACAUAGCUCAUAUAGCGACUACAAACUUACAUUAGUAACUAGUAACCCGGACCUGCAAUCCUGGAACGCUCGGGACUAGCAGCACAAUGCAAAUCCUUAAACAAACGGAGUCACUAACGAAGCCUGUUAAAACCCCAGCUUCUGAGCUUCUGGAAGGAGUUUUUUUGGCUUACGUAGCCACGAUAGCACGCAUGAUGCACCACCUAAGGGUUACAGUAAGGAUAUAUACUUUGUAUUAGCUUUUUCCUUGGCUUACAUAACCGUUCUAAAUACUUUAUGAUAAGGGCUGCCUCACACUACAACCACAGAUACACACAUCACGAAUCAGCCCGUAUUAUCCCACUGUUGGGCAUCGCCGUCCUGCAUUUUGCACCACCCCGGAAAGGGUGUGCUAAAUACCUAACCUAACACACAGACAGACAAACGCGUAAAACUUCUAUACUCAAAUUCAAAAUUAAAAAAUAUCUUUAUUCAGUGGUUACAUAGGUACACUUGCAAGAAAAACCUCUAUAUAUAAUAAUAUACUAAUAUAUUAUACAAAGAUACAUGAGCCCACGGGAACAUCACGGAAUCCGGAAUUAUUCGGUUUUUUUUCAUUCUAUAUUAUACCGCUUCUGAAAUCACUGUAUACAUAAUUUAAGAGAGAUCUACUUAAUAUUUUUGUAAUAAUGUAAGUAGCAAAUGAAUAUUGAUCUCGUAUUAAAUAAAAUGUUAUUUAAUCAUUAAAUUAUGACGAGGUUCGCUACAGAGGAAAUUUAGAAAAAAUACUUGGUAAAUAUUCUCUAUUUCGGAAAUUAAUAGAAGUUUUGAAAGCAUUCAAAAGUUAAUAUAACGUAAGUUUUAUUUAAAAAGAUAUUUGAGUCGAUUCUAGUGGGCGAAACUUAAUUUUAUUUUAGUUUGUCAAUUUUAAAACAAGCCCUAUCCUUCUCUUUCCCUUAUCAUAAGUGAAGGACGACACUAUGUUUAGAACUGGCAAACUGAACUAAUAUUAAGUGUUCGGUGCCAAGAUGGCGUCAUUGAUAACAUUCUCCGCUAAUUUGUCAAUAUUCACUUAAAAUGUUUUAUUGUUAUUGGUUUCUUUAUCCAUAAAUGUAUUUUGUAUAUUGCUCUAUUUCUUCAUCCAUUUACAAUUCCUUGUGACAAUGCGAUUAUAAUCAGGGGGGUUAAAAAGGCCAAAUCAUCUAAGAAAGCAAUAUUGCAAUUUGACAUUUACGCAUAUAAAAGUAAGUGCGCAGUGCAAACAAAUGUCAAAUAGCAAUAUUGCUUUCUUAGAUGAAUUGCUUCGAUGUGGCCACUUUAACCCCCCCGAAAUAUAGAACGGAAACGUUUUGAUAAUAUUAAAUAAACAUAGGUGCUUCUAUUAUGGACUCGCGAAUAAGAAAUAUCGUAAAAAUCGACUGAGGGAUUGUAUUUCUUAACAUAAUGAGCGAUGGUCUUUUUUAUAUUUUUUUUAUCGAGGCUUGAUUGAUUUUUUAACCCAUCUUUGUUGUUAUGCCAGCCUCAUAGUUUACAGCGAUUAAUGAUUAUCAAAUCAUGACUCAUCAUAAGCGAUGGUACAGUCAUGAGCAAUAUCAUGUACCCACUUUAGAACCCUGUCGCAUUAUCAUAUUUGACAUUUAAUGAGACUUACGGUUUAAUUUGUCAAAAAAGUUAAUGUGACAUGGUAUUAAAGUGUAUACAUAUUAGUACUCGUGACCGUACACCCCAGACAUUUCAUAUAAAAAUCUUAAUCUUACCGUCUGUAAGUGCGAGUGAGACAUAGUCCGUGCGCGCUCCUCCUUACUCCUUAGCUGCGUACGUCCAUUUAACCCUAAAGUAAGACCCCAGAGGGGGUGAGAACCGCGCGCGGUACGAAUUGGUGCGGGGAGAGUUACCGUUCCAUACGUGGUAUUACUCUAUAAUACCCGUACUGCCGGUACCCAACUGUGUUAGUGAUCCUUCCACUCUGAUUGUAAUCGCAUUGCAAACAUUUUACCUAUUUUGUGAUAUAAAAUAAUUUAUUUUUAAUGUAACAACAUAUUUUUUACUUUAUCGUGUAUAUUUUCAAUGUUACAAACUUUGUGUAAAUUAUUGGUGAAUUUUAAAUAAAUAAUAUAUAAAAGGUG